AUGGCUAGACAGAACUUUAUAGGUCUUGUGGUUUCACAAGGCAAGAUGGAUAAAACAAUCAAGGUGAGAGUGAUGCAGAAGGUGUUUGAUAAAAGAUUCCAGAAAGAGUUUUUAAAGAAAAAGAACUUUCUUGUUCACGAUGAAUCAAAUAUUUGCAGGGAAGGAGAUUUGAUUAGAAUAGAGGCGACAAGACCCUUGAGUGCGAGAAAGUUCUUUGCUGUUGCUGAAAUUAAAAAGAAUAAAGGUCAGCAAUUUGCCAAAUAUCAGGCUGAAGCCAAGACUAGAGUCAAGAGUGAUGAAGCUGCCGAAAGAUCAAUAUUUUUGAAGAAAAGAGCUGCAAAUGAUUUGCUAGUACAAAGGUCUUUACACUCAGAUUUGGAUGCCGUCCAGAGCUUGAGGAAAAAGGAUAAUUUAACAAGUGAGGAAAUAGAAAGAAUCGAGAAGCUCAAGGAAAAAUAUGGUAUUGCAACUUGGGACGAGGACAUGAAGAAUAAGGAACUUUUUCAGAGUGAUAUAACGUAUCUUGCCUCGAAGCUUCGUUCGAUCGAGGAUGAUUUGAGCCUCAAUAAGCUAAUUCAUAACAUUUUGGCUCAUCCUGAAAAGCAAUCGUAUAAAGAUAUCUGUUCUGCAAUGAAGAUUACGGACAAAACAGCAAAGAACAUAAGAAAGAACUUGAUUAGAAAGUAUUUAAAACAGGCAGACAGUGAGGUGCUGGAAAAGCUCAGGGCUGAAUUCUAA